AUGAGAAACGUCCUUCGAUCUCUGCGACAAUUGCGACCAGCCUUACAGAGACAAGAUAGUGUUCUGUUCAGUGUUAAUGUUGCAGAAGAAUCCCCAUGUCACUUUGGAAAGAGCUGUCAUAUUCAUAGUUUAGCUUGCAGAGUUGUUGAUCAUGCUGAGACCAACUUCGUCAAGAACCAUUUGUUUGUAACAACCACGAGAGCUCUCUCGACUGAUGCUGCAAAACUCACAAAUAGAGUUACAGAAACAAGCAAAGCUGGGCCUCUUGUUGAGUAUGAACGAAGAAUCGCUAGUGGUGAACUUUUAGAAGGUGAUGCUUGCCAGGUUGACACUCUGACAGAACUUCAGAGACUGUAUGAUGAGCUUGUUGAGUCUGCUGAUGCCUGCCAACUGGAUCGCAAUUCUGAAAAACCUGUAAGGAGUGGAUGGCUGUGGUCUAGGCUCUUAUCACAUCCUUCUUACUCACCUGUAAAAGGUUUAUAUCUUUAUGGAGGAGUUGGUACCGGUAAAACUAUGCUGAUGGACUUGUUUUUUUAUCAAUUGCCCUCUAAUUGGAGGAAGAAGAGGAUUCAUUUUCAUGACUUUAUGUUGAAUGUACAUAGUAUGCUACAAAAGCAUAAGGGGUUGUCAGAUCCACUUGAUGUUGUAGCAGGAGAGAUUUCUGAUGAUGCAACUUUAUUAUGUCUUGACGAAUUUAUGGUAACAGAUGUAGCAGAUGCAUUGGUACUAAAUCGCUUGUUUAGACAUUUGUUCAACAAAGGCAUUAUUCUAGUAGCCACAUCAAAUCGUGCACCAGAUAGCCUGUAUGAGGGUGGAUUGCAGAGGGAUCUCUUUCUACCCUUCAUUGCAGCACUGAAGGAAAGAUGUGUAGUACAUGAGAUUGGUUCAUCAAUUGACUACCGUAAACUGACUUCGGGCGAGCAAGGGUUCUAUUUAGUUGGUGGACAUUUAUCUGGCAUUCUUAAGCAACAAUUUCAACAGUUGAUUGGAGAAGGCACAGCUACUCCCCAAGAAGUAGAAGUUGUUAUGGGAAGGAAACUGAAAGUUCCAUUAGGAGCUAACGGAUGCGCGUAUUUUCCUUUUGAGGAACUUUGUGAUAGACCUUUAGGGGCUGCAGACUAUUUUGGGUUAUUUAAGAAGUUCCACACGUUGGCUUUAGAAGGUAUUCCAAUUUUUGGGCUUCACAAUAAAUCAGCAGCACAUAGAUUUGUCACUUUAGUUGAUGUGAUGUACGAGAGCAAGGCCAGAUUAUUAUGUACUGCUGAUGGGAGUCCUCAAGAUCUCUUUGAGAAAGUAGUAACAAUAUCCGAAGCUAAAAAUAUGGCACCCAGAACUUCUUCACGAUCAAGGAAAAAUGAUGAUUCUAACCUUUGCGUGGAUAAUGAAUUGGGGUUUGCGAAAGACCGCACCAUUAGUAGACUGACAGAGAUUAACAGCAGGGAAUAUUUAGAUCAUCAUGCUGCCAUGUUCUCAGAAAAAAAGGAAAGAAUGGAUCAGAAUGCCCUUGAAGCUUGA